AUGGCUGAUUCUCUUGGUCUCUGCUUAAAGGAAUUUAGAAGGGACUUCACGAGAAAGCUUGAGAAGCAAAAUGACCAUCAUCUUCAAGUGCUAGUGGAAGAUUCGUGUUUCCUUCCAGGAGUUUUCAUUGAAACAAUGCAUGGACAUCUUAAUGGUCUCAUGAAUCACCUCCAAGACAUGAUGCUCGGGUAUGAAAAUGAGGAAGUGCAGGCUUUAUUGAAAGAUUUGAAAGAAAUGAAAGAAGUGAUAGGUCACUCAUCUUUAUUGGUCCCGCCUUGUUUAUUUCCGAUGCCUCCUGUUGUGCGGGCUAAAGUGAAAGAAAUGUUUGAUAACAAAACUUGGUUUGUGCUUGUAGCAGAGAUGGAUGAUAUGCUAGAAAAGGUGCGGGCUAAAGUGUUGGAAAUCUUAGUUAAUGAAGGUUGGCUUAGGCAUGAAGAAACAUCCAUGGAUUGGAUGCUAAAUAUGGUGAAUGUUCUUGCGCAAGGAAUUUGGCUGCAACUAACUCGGUAUAGGAGAGAAAUAGAAAAGUUGGAAAGGAUCAUAGUCAUUUGUGAGAAACUCUGUAAUAUCAGAUUCGGCUCAAAGGUCGUGAGAGAAGAAAUUUUGGUGGGCUUCGAUAAUGAAAUAGAAACACUGCUUCAUCAACUUACUGGAACUUCUAAUAAGAAGCUCGAGAUUCUAUCUAUUACAGGUAUGGCUGGGAUUGGAAAGACUACUUUGGCUAGAGAACUAUACAGCCAUCCAUUAGUCGAGUAUAUAUUCGACUUACGAGCGUGGACUUGUGUUUCUCAAGUAUAUGUCAAGAAGGAUACGUUAAUCAACAUAUUAAGCUAUUUUAAUAAUAAAGUUACAGACGAGAUUUACAAGAUGAGUGACGAACAGUUGGGGGAAAAGCUAUAUAGACUUCUAAAGGGUCGUAAAUAUUUGAUUGUCUUUGAUGACGUCUGGGAUUGUAAGGCAUGGAAUGAUCUCAAAAUGUAUCUGCCAGAUGACAAAAUUGGAAGCCGAGUGCUAUUUACAAGGCGCGACAUAGACACAAGUUUACAUGUACAGGCAGCAAGACCGGCCCAUGUGUUGCGUCUUCGUACUGAAAUUGAAAGUUGGGACAUAUUUCAAAAGAAGAUGUUUAGAACCGGAAUAUGCCCUCCUUUGCUGGAAAAUUAUGGAAGGGUUAUUACAAGAAAAUGUGAAGGUUUGCCUCUUGCAAUCGUCAUAGCUGCUGGUCUUUUGAAAAAUAAUUGGUCAAAUUCGUGGUGGAGACAAGUAGCCGAGAGUCUAAGUUCAUAUAUGGUGAGUGAUCCAAGUCAAUACAUGGACUCGCUGGCUUUGAGCUACAACCAUUUGCCUUCUCACUUAAAACCGUGUUUUCUCUUUCUCGGAUCAUUUCCUGAGGACUAUGAGGUCCCUGUGACAAAGCUGAUUUGGCUAUGGAUUGCUCAAGGAUUCAUACAAGGAACUGGAAGCAGAGUCAUGGAAGUUGUUGCAGAGGAUAUACUGAUGGAUUUAAUUCAGAGAAGUCUGCUGAUGACUUCCAAAACGAGGGCUGAUGGACGAAUCAAAGCAUGCCGCAUCCAUGAUUUGUUGCGGGAUUUUUGCUUUAGAAUAUCCGAGGAAGAGAAUUUUUCUCUACAAAGUUACAAGAAUGCCCCUGUUCCAGCAUCUUCGAUUACCAUCACAGAGAUGGGAAAUGGAAUUUCAACAGAUCCUUCUCCAUUACCCACAUAUACUGGUUUGUGUUAUCCAUCUGAGUUGGUGGAUAUUCUUAAGAAAGGUGGAUCGAUAUCUAAUGAAACAUACAAAUCCCUCAGGAUUCUCGAUAUGGAGUAUGUCCCUAUCUCUGUAUUCCCUUGUGAUGUAUUACGACUCACUAAUCUAAGAUACUUGGCUAUUCAAGCUCACGAUGGAAGCCCCCCGGCAUCAAUAUCAAAGCUUGUCAGCUUACAAAUGCUUAUAAUACGGUCAAGGAAGAAUGUUCUACUACCUAAAACCAUAUGGAAUAUGUUAAACAUGAGGCACCUAUACAUCAAAUCAGGGGAAAACCUUGUUGAGGAGCCUAAUUUUGUACAAAUAACAGAGAAUGAUGGUUCUCCAAAUUUGUUGCAUAGCCUACAAACCUUGUCCCAAAUAAGUCCCCUAUCUUGCCAGAAUCUAUCUCCAAGAGUUCUGAAUCUUAGGAAGCUUGGGUUUUGUGGACCCUUGAUAUCCAGUUUAGGUGAUCUGGAAUUUCCAAAUCUACGUUCCUUACAACAUCUUCGAAAACUAAAGCUAUUAAACACAAUUCCAUACCCUGAAGCAACACGGUCAUGCAAUCCUUUAAUUUAUCCAGAAAAUCUUAAGAAUCUGACGUUGUCUAAUACUGGCAUGGAUUGGGAGGAGAUGUGGACCUUUGCGUGGCUUCCUAACCUGGAGGUCCUAAAGUUGAAAGUUCAAGCAUGCAUUGGAGAAACAUGGGAGACAGGGGACGCUGAGUUUACGAGACUCAAGGUCUUGAAAUUGCAUGAUCUGGACAUAAAAGAAUGGGUUAGUUCCAAAGAUAACUUCCCGCGACUACAACGAUUAAUAAUUCAUCGUUGUUUAAACCUCCACAGUAUUCCACUUGAUUUAGGGAGUAUUUUGACAUUGGAGGUGCUUGAGGUACGUGGAUGUAGCAUUUCUGCACAUAACUCUGCAUUGGAAAUCCAGAAAGAGCAAGAAAAUGUCGGAAACAGCUUCUUAAAAUUAAAGUCCACGCAAAAGCCGUAUUAAGAAAUCCAGAAAAGCAUAGUGGCCUUCAGUUCAAACGUUUCAACUUGGCUGUAACAAUUUUGCAUCAGUUGUAAUUUCAUCAAUUUUGUUACUGUUGCAACUUGAAUCCCAUUCGUCUUUUGGUCUUUUUGUAUUUUAUAUUCUUUAGUUAGCGGUUAGCAGUACUACUAUUAGUACAAGUAAGAAG